UAUGUAAGGAAAAGUAGUAAAGAUGCCCCAAGGUUCUUGGUUGAUCAUUUGAAUACAGACAAUAAUAGGAAUUUAUGAUCAUGGGGGAAGCCAGGGAGAAAAUGGGGGUUCCAGUCGGCACCACUAGGGUGAUAAGGAUAAGAUAAGGCGAUAAGAAUUUAAUUACAAUGAUCAUAAAAGUCCCCACCCUGUCCUGUCCCGUCCCUGUCUCAGGAUCCUCACACUCCAGGGGGUCACUCUUUAUAUGUAAAUUCACUCACAACACCUACACACAACACCUUGGUGGGGAGGGCUUUUUGGGGUAUAAAGGGGGGUGAAGAACUGUCUUCAAUUGGUAUCUGAGCUGCCUUUCAGUACCCGGUGUGUCUCUCUACACUGUAUUACAUUGUAUUAUUUUUACUGUUCAAUAAACCAUCAUUUUGCUGAAACUGCGGAGACUCUGCAAGUGGAUUCCCUACAUCUUAUUGGCGAGCCAGCCAGGAGAAGGGGCUAACAACUGGAAGUCAUCUGGGAACUUUUUUUUUUGGCUGAUAUCUUCCUCAAGAAGAGAGAAGAUUUCUUCACCUAAGAGAGAAGACUGACCAGAAAACAUUCCAGACGUGCCACCUUCUUCUGCGAACCGAAGGACCCAGAAAGAAUCACGCUUGUUUCCAUCGCAUCAAGCCAUGACACAGCGGAGAAACGAUCAAGGGGGGCUCAUCUGGUCCUUCCUACUCAUGGUAUGCUUUGCACUUGCGGACUGCAGCGACACAGCAAGCAGAUGUAUGGUGCAUGACAAUGGAACAGCAUACCUCCACUACAAUGACUACAACGUGACAUGCCAUGUAAACUCCACAUGUUCAAAGACUUCCCUUGGACAAGAACAAUGCCACUGCUCUGCAGGACUCAUGGGAAACGGAGUUAGUAGUUGUGAGGACAUUGAUGAGUGCAGAGGAAGUAAGCCACCUUGUGGUCUUAGCCAAAUCUGCAUCAAUACAAUUGGGAACUUUAAGUGUAAUUGUAAGCUGGGGUGGGUAAUUAAUCAGGAACAAAGGUGUGAGGAACGGUGUCCCAGGAUGUGGCCCAUGCCAGUCAACGGAAUAAUCACUGUUCCUACACCCUACACAUAUAUAAACAAUGUACAAUGGGAAUUUGUAACGGUUGUAAUGGAUCUGAACGAUUUGAACACACAACUAAUUGACGCCUGCAAAGACGAGCCUAGCAUUAGCAAACCAUUUGAUGACAUAAUGCAGAAAGAAUGGGAGGAAUUAGGACUCAGAGGGAUGGCUGAGAAGCGAAAAAAACGAAGUAUACUUGGGGAUCUGGGAGGUAUGUUCGGAUUAGGGAAUUCCUUGUACAACAGUCAUCAGGUGGGAUUGCUGAAAAGCUAUAUUACAGACGUAAAAACAAAGUUAGGAGGGUUUCUUCAGGACCAUAUUCGUUUUGCUAGUGAAACAGAUGAAAUCAUGGUAAAGUAUAUGCAAGCACAUAUAUCACUGAAUGCUGAGGUUGUGGCAGAACUCCUUGAGCUGUCUCAACGGCAAUUCUGUUUGGCAGCAGCCAGCCAUAUGCGGACAAUGGUACAGGAUUUUGUUACUGAUUUAAUUGCCAACAGGUUUCCAAGACACUUCAUCAAGGAGGGAGACAUGCGAAACGCAUGGAGGAAUUGUGAGUCAGGCAGAAGGGAAGGUUUCGGGGCAAAUCUCACCGUGUGUGCUGAAACUGAUGUUAAUUGGUAUAACUCCAAAUUAGCCCGAGACAUUCUGAGUGAGCUACCUGAUACAGAAUGCCAUCAACAUAAAUUCCAAAAGGAAAUGUUCUUCUUGAGCAACUGGGAGAGUUUAUGUAUAUAUAACUACAAAAACGGUACCCACUUCACUUCUAGGAUAAACUGUGCGCAUGACAGGAGGGUACAAGUAUCAAUUGACAACAAAACCAUUUGUGGUAAUUGUGUAGAGAACAAUAUUAAGGAGGGUAUUUGCGUAUGUAAAAGAUACAAAGAGGAAUGCGAACUACCUGUAAAAUUUGAGCACAUAGUCAAGAAUGCUAUUUCAGAAGUAUUAUCGUACAACCACACAACCCAGACGAUAGCAUUUGCUAUGGCUAUACCCAUCUACCAUGAUAAGGAUGUGUACCGUAAAACUUAUAACAUGAUCAACAUGGGGAAACUACACGACAACACUUUGACUAAAGUACAUAGAGACCAUGGUAUGACAGUACAGGAUGGAAUAACAAUGUUAGCAAUUGAAAGUUUAGAGGGUUGCAGUAUUGGUAAGAAUAUAAUAAUGUGUUCAGGUGAUAGGUUAAAUCCAAGUCUUGGUUGUGGGUGGAUGAACAGCAGUGAUGCACACUGUGUGAUCUCCACAGAAGUGGUGAAGCCACAGUAUGUGGACAUCAGGUUCAUUGGUAACAACACCUAUUGCAUUAAUGCAAUUAACAAUAGUUUAACCACAACCAAUCUACAGUGCAGAGCACCAAGCAAUGCUUUCUGCAUUCAGGUGAUCUACCCAAUGAACAUUGGAGGCAGAAAAUUGUACUAUACCAAGAACAGGAUUGACCUUUACUUAGACGACCCUUAUGCAGAAUUCCUCCAGCCUGAACCUUUGCCUGAAACAAACAGGAUUCAAGACCUCCAAGAGGUUGAGCAGCAACUGGAGGUUCAGCUGCUUAAAAUGCAUGAGCGUGAGAAGGAACUGACAGAGCAGGUCAGUAACUAUAUCAGUGGAAUGUCGACGCUGAAUGAGAACUACCAGGACAUGUACUGGGAUGUACUGUUCAAAGCAGUGAUCACUGCAGGUGUCGUGGUGCUGCUGGUGGGUGUGGCCUUGAUGGGCUAUCUCAGAUUCCUAAGGGAACAGCGGAAAAGGGACCUUGGAUAUGUGGAGAGGAAAGUGUGCAUGACACAAAGUAGGGUGUAGGUUAUGGAGACAGACAACCACACCGCUACGACCUCCCCUAUCCACCCCUUGUAUGUUGACCACUGAUCAGUAUGAUGCUCGUACUGUGCUCUGGGUAAACCUCUCACUGCUCUUGCACUGAGGCUCAAGGUUUAAGGGGGGAUUAUGUAAGGAAAAGUAGUAAAGAUGCCCCAAGGUUCUUGGUUGAUCAUUUGAAUACAGACAAUAAUAGGAAUUUAUGAUCAUGGGGGAAGCCAGGGAGAGAAUGGGGGUUCCAGUCUGCACCACUAGGGUGAUAAGGAUAAGAUAAGGUGAUAAGAAUUUCAUUACAAUGAUCAUAAAAGUCUCCACCCUGUCCUGUCCCGUCCCUGUCUCAGGAUCCUCACACUCCAGGGGGUCACUCUUUAUAUGUAAAUUCACUCACAACACCUACACACAACACCUUGGUGGGGAGGGCUUUUUGGGGUAUAAAGGGGGGUGAAGAACUGUCUUCAGUUGGUAUCUGAGCUGCCUUUCAGUACCCGGUGUGUCUCUCUACACUGUAUUACAUUGUAUUAUUUUUACUGUUCAAUAAACCAUCAUUUUGCUGAAACUGCGGAGACUCUGCAAGUGGAUU